ACAUCAUUCAUUGUUUCAAUAUGAAUGAAAUCUCUCAACCGAUCUACUCAGUUUCCGAGAUUACAUUAAUGCUGGCUCUAAUUCGCUCAUCUGGUCGUGUUUUUUUGUUUCCCUGGGGUCCCUAUCUUUCAUUAUUUUGGCUGCUGUGCUAGGGUUUUGUUCCGUGGAAACCAGCCGAGCUGGAACUUGCAGAACUCUGCGUUUGGUGUUGCUUGACCUGAAAUCGACGGAAUCGAGCUGCUGGAGCUGUGUGACAGGUUUUUUUGUCCGAAAUUAUCGUUUGGAGAUCAUUUCCAUUGCAAUCGGAGACCCCGGGGAGCUCUUCUGUGGUUAAUGGUGCUGCUGUACCGGGGAGUAUGUUUGAUCUUUAGUUUCGAUAGAUUCUUCUCUUCUUCUUUCGGUGAUUCAUGGAUCCUGUCGUGGAUAGGCUUGGCUAAAUACAAGGUGUUCAGCUUCGGUGGGGGUAUUGAUGAGAAUUUGUUGCAUCGAGGAGAGAAAGUUGCGGUUUCAAAAUGCAUUUUGCGAAACUCGACGAUUCUCCUAUGUUUCGGAAACAGAUUCAGUGCUUGGAGGAAAGUGCCGAAUCGUUAAGAGAGAGAAGUCUAAAGUUUUAUAAAGGAUGUCGAAAGUACACAGAAGGGCUUGGGGAAGGAUACGAUGGUGACAUAGCUUUUGCAAGUGCCCUUGAAACAUUUGGAGGAGGGCAUAAUGAUCCUAUUAGUGUUGCUUUUGGAGGCCCAGUUAUGACUAAAUUUACAAUUGCAUUGAGGGAGAUUGGGACAUACAAGGAAGUUCUUCGAUCACAGGUUGAACACAUGCUAAAUGACAGGUUGCUGCAAUUUGUCAAUAUUGAUUUGCUUGAUGUCAAGGAAGCAAGGAAGCGUUUUGACAAGGCUAGCCUUCUUUAUGACCAGGCUCGAGAAAAGUUUCUAUCAUUGAAGAAAGGCACAAAGACGGAUGUUGCUACUCUAUUGGAGGAGGAGCUUCACCAUGCAAGGUCUUCAUUUGAGCAAGCUCGCUUCAAUCUGGUUACAGCUCUUUCUAAUGUUGAGGCAAAAAAGAGAUUUGAAUUUUUGGAGGCAGUUAGUGGAACAAUGGAUGCUCAUCUCCGUUAUUUCAAACAGGGUUACGAGCUAUUGCACCAGAUGGAGCCUUACAUCAACCAGGUUCUGACUUACGCACAACAGUCGAGAGAAAGGUCCAACUAUGAGCAGGCAGCUCUCACUGAAAGAAUGCAGGAGUAUAAAAGGCAGAUUGAUCGUGAAAGUCGAUGGUCUUCAAAUGGUUCACAUGGUUCUCCUAAUGGAGAUGGUAUACAAACCAUUGGUAGAAGUUCCCAUAAAAUGAUAGAGGCAGUGAUGCAAUCUGCUGCACAGGGAAAGGUUCAAACCAUUCGUCAAGGUUAUCUCUCAAAACGUUCCUCUAGUCUGAGAGGUGACUGGAAAAGAAGGUUUUUCGUUCUUGAUAGCCGAGGGAUGCUGUACUACUAUCGCAAGCAAUGCAGCAGACCAUCUGGAAGUACUGGUCAACUUUCGAGUCAAAGGAGCCAUAAUUCAUCCGAAAUUGGUUCAGGGCUGCUGAGCCGCUGGCUUUCUUCUCAUUACCAUGGUGGGGUUCAUGAUGAGAAGUCUGUUGCUCAUCACACUGUGAACCUGCUGACGUCUACUAUAAAGGUUGAUGCAGAUCAGUCUGAUUUGAGGUUUUGCUUCAGGAUCAUUUCUCCAUCAAAGAACUACACUUUGCAGGCAGAGAGUGCUCUAGAUCAGAUGGACUGGAUUGAAAAGAUAACUGGAGUUAUUGCUUCCUUGCUGAGUUCCCAGUCACCUGAGCAGCGUCUCGUUGCUAGUCCCAUGGGCUGUGCUCAUCAGCAAGUUGCUAGUGAUAGUAGUUCAUUCGGAAGCUCCUCUGAUAUGGAUCACCCAACAACAGAAGAAUAUACAUCUGAGAGGAAACUCAUCGGUGGACAUUAUGAACGAACAUCUAGAUGUUAUCUGCAGCAACGGCACAACAUGAAAAAUGAGAAGCCAAUAGAUGUGCUGAGAAGAGUGUCUGGGAAUGACAAAUGUGCUGAUUGUGGCGCCCCUGAACCAGAUUGGGCAUCCUUGAACCUUGGUGUUCUUCUCUGUAUUGAAUGUUCUGGUGUCCAUCGUAAUCUUGGUGUGCACAUCUCAAAGGUCCGGUCACUGACUCUUGAUGUCAAAGUGUGGGAGCCUUCUGUUAUAACUCUGUUCCAGUCACUGGGUAAUGCAUAUGCAAACUCGGUGUGGGAAGAAAUGCUGCAAUCAAAUAUGGCUUUUCAGGCUUCAGAAGGCCGUACAGGUUUCUCUAUGUCCGAAAGACACCAACUACCAUUUAUGAGCAAACCUUGGCACGGUGAUCCUAUUUCAAAUAAAGAAAAGUUCAUUCACGCGAAGUAUGCAGAGAAGCUUUUUGUUCGCAGGCCCAAGGAUGAACAAAAUAUUCUUUCAGCCGCCCGACAAAUGUGGGAAAGUGUACGCACUAAUGACAAGAAAGCAGUCUACCGGCAUAUUGUCUGUGCUGAGGCAGAUGUGAAUGCUCUGUAUGGGCAGACAUCUUUUAGCACAUCCAUAACUCUAGCUAAAGUGAUGCUGUUGCAGGAACAGCCAAACCUUGGCCGGAACUCUAGUUUUUUAGCAGAGGAUUCUUUGGAAACCCCCUCUGCAAACUCCUUAAAGUUGGUGAGCAGUGGCGGGGAACAAAAUUUAGAGGAAUAUCUUGAUGGGUGCUCCUUGCUUCACAUUGCUUGUCAGACUGGAGACAUAGGCAUGCUAGAACUUCUUUUACAAUAUGGUGCAAACAUCAAUUUUCCUGAUUCAAGUGGCCAGACACCACUCCAUCAUUGUAUUCUCCGUGGCAGAUCUCUGUUUGCGAGAUUUCUCCUUUCAAGGGGUGCAGAUCCACGGGUUGUAGAUAGGGAAGGUAAAACCCCUCUUCAUCUCGCAGGAGAGUCCAAUUUCAUUGAUGAUGAGAUCCUUGCUCUGUUAAGAGAGACAACAAGAUGACAUUGUUAGAGAGAAUGCUAUAUAGGAGCAUUCUAGUAUAUAGAAUGAAGCUACAGUUUCUGUGUGAUUGUAUGUCAGAAACUUGAAGGCUGAUUCCUCACUGGGGGGAGCUCCCACCUUGGGGUUUUUUGGGAUCUUAGAGGAGCGAGUAGGGUGGACUGCCAUGCCCCAGCAGUCCCGUGUAAGAUAGUACCCCAUCAAUGUAAGUUAAAAUGUUUGUAUCCCAAGUUUUAGAGCAAUUGCAGGCUGUCCCUUGGGGCCCUUUCAAUUUGAGCUGCUUUGUUUCUAUUUGUUUGGUUUGGUUCCUUGUUGCUAGGGACGGGGUUUGCAUUUUGGUAACUGUGUUGUACAUUUGUAUGUUUAGUCAUAGAUCUUAGUUUGGGAAGCUUUGCUGGAUGUAACUCUUCCAAAUGAUGUUAUGUUGGGGGAGUUAAAACAAUGGGAAUAGAAAAGAAAAUUGUUGAUGUGGGAAUUACUAUAUGCCAAUAUACAAGUCUUUUCCUUUU